AUGGCGUCUUUCUUCAGUUCAUUCUUGAGUGCUGUCUUAGGGCAUCGACUUGCGGAUAUCAACAACAAGCCAACAGCAGCUGGAGCUGCUGUUUACAGUCCUGUAUUCCUCAACAUAGUCUAUGAUCGGCUUGUUCUUGGAUUAUACUGCACUUAUGUCUGGCGUUGUCCCGCAGCAAUCAUCGAACACCUUUAUCAAAAAUUGCUGCAACAGCCAGAAUCUGGACUGGACCCCCGGUCGAACAACAUUAGGAUCCUCGAUAUCGGCGUAGGAACAGGUUACUUCGUAGCCAAUACAGACCCGCUUUCCGAGGAUACGUCUGUCACUUUGUUCGAUCUCAACCCCGCCUGCCUCGAGACAGCUUCUGCGAGAUGCCGCGCAGCACAUCCGGGCGUGGAGGUGCGCACUGUUUGUGGCGAUUUUCUAGCGCCAGCAAGCAGCGAUAUCAGGUCAAACUCCAUACACACACUUUUACCGCCCACGCAAUCUCGUUUCACCCAUAUAUUCACGACCAUGCUUCUGCACUGCCUUCCUGGUCCACCAUCCCGGAAAGCUGCCGCGUUGUGCUCUCUCGCACAACACGUUGAGCCCAAAAAUGGGGUGCUGGCAGGUGUGACAAUUCUGGGAAAGGGUGUGAGACACUCAUUGAUGGGCCGCUUUAUCAUGUUUUGGCACAAUGCUCUGGGUAUGUUCGAUAACGCUCAGGAUGAUGUGAUGGAGAUAAUCAGACCCCUGGAAGAUGUAUUUGUAGAUGUACAAUGGCGUGUGGUGGGAACAAUAUUGUUGUUCGAGGCAAGAGGGCCAAAACUUUAG